UUUCUUUUAAUAUGGGGAAGAAACAAAAAGAAUUUACUCAAUCUAAGGAUGAGCGUAUGAUGAUAACAAUUGGAGAAAUAAUUCAAGAAUUAUUAAAUGCAUAUGAAAAAAAUAAAGAUGUUGAUUUAAAUAAGUUAAAAACUCAAAUCUCUUCUAAAUAUGGUUUAUCUACAUCACCUAGAUUAGUUGAUAUUAUCGCUGCUGUACCAUAUGAUGUAAGACAUCUUCUGUUACCAAAACUCAAAGCAAAGCCUAUUAGGACAGCUAGUGGUGUUGCAGUUGUUGCUGUUAUGUGUAAGCCUCAUAGGUGUCCGCAUAUUAAUAUGACAGGAAAUAUUUGUGUUUAUUGUCCUGGUGGGCCAGAUUCAGAUUUUGAAUAUUCUACUCAAUCUUAUACUGGAUAUGAGCCAACGUCAAUGAGAGCAAUACGUGCUCGUUAUGAUCCAUUUUUACAGACUAGACAUAGAAUUGAUCAGUUAAAGCAAUUAGGUCAUAGCGUGGAUAAAGUAGAAUUUAUUGUUAUGGGAGGAACAUUUAUGUCUUUGCCAGAAGAUUAUAGAGAUUACUUUAUUCGAAAUUUGCACGAUGCUUUAUCAGGACAUAAGAGUAACAGUGUAGCAGAAGCUGUAAAAUAUUCAGAGCGAAGUCGAAGUAAAUGUAUAGGUAUUACAAUUGAAACUCGACCAGAUUAUUGUCUCAAAAAACAUCUAUCGGACAUGUUAAACUAUGGUUGUACUCGACUUGAAAUUGGCGUACAAUCUGUAUAUGAAGAUGUAGCACGAGAUACCAAUAGAGGCCAUACAGUUCGUGCAGUUUGUGAAAGUUUUCAGUUAUCUAAGGAUGCUGGCUUUAAAGUAAUAGCACAUAUGAUGCCAGACUUACCUAAUGUUGAAUUAGAUAGAGAUAUCGAACAAUUUAUUGAAUUUUUUGAAAAUCCAAAUUUUAGAGCAGAUGGUUUAAAAAUUUAUCCAACUUUAGUCAUUAGAGGUACUGGUUUAUAUGAAUUGUGGAAAAGUGGAAGAUAUAAAAGUUAUCCACCGAGAGUACUUGUUGAUCUUAUAGCGCAAAUUUUAGCUCUCGUUCCACCAUGGACGCGGGUAUAUCGAGUACAGAGAGAUAUACCAAUGCCUUUAGUAAGUUCUGGUGUAGAACACGGUAAUUUACGCGAAUUAGCUUUAGAAAGAAUGCAAGAGUUAGGUGUUACUUGUAGAGAUAUAAGAACAAGAGAAGUUGGAAUUCAAGAAAUACAUAAUAAGAUUAAGCCUCACGAAAUUGAAUUAAUUCGUAGGGAUUAUGUUGCUAAUAAUGGAUGGGAAACAUUUUUAUCUUAUGAAGACCCUUCACAAGAUAUUUUAAUUGCAAUGUUAAGACUUAGGAAGUGCUCGAAGGACCAGUUUAGAGCUGAAUUGAAAGAUCAUUGCUCGGUUGUACGAGAACUUCAUGUAUAUGGAAGUGUAGUACCAGUAAAUGCUCAUGAUUUAUCAAAAUUUCAACAUCAGGGUUAUGGUAUGCUUUUAAUGGAAGAAGCUGAAAGGAUUGCAAAAGAAGAACAUGUAGCAUCAAGACUUGCUGUAAUUUCAGGUGUUGGGACUAGAAAUUAUUAUAGAAAAAUGGGUUAUCAAUUAGAUGGACCUUAUAUGUCUAAACUUUUGAAAUGAAUUCUUUUUAUUUGAAUG